CAUGCGCACUCGGCCCUGUUGUUGAGUUUGUUAUGACAAGUCAAGGCCUCGGACUAAAUUAGGAGCGAAGCCCUGUCUCUGUCCGGGCGAAUCUGAGAUGGAGGGCAUGGAACUGGACCUGGACCUGGACCAGGAGCUUAUGCAGAAAUUUAGCUGCAUGGGUACAACAGACAAAGAUAUCCUAAUAUCGGAAUUCCAGAGGCUUCUUGGGUUUCAGCUAAACCCCGCCGGAUGCGCCUUCUUUCUGGACAUGACCAACUGGAAUUUACAAGCAGCCAUCGGAGCCUACUAUGACUUUGAGAGUCCCAACAUCAGUGCACCAUGCAUGUCCUUUGUGAGUGAUGUGACGAUUGGUGAGGGUGAAUCAGUUCCACCAGACACUCCUUUCACAAAGACCUGGAGAGUACAGAACACAGGUGCAGAGUCAUGGCCUCCUGGGGUUUGUCUGAAGUAUGUCGGAGGAGAUCAGUUUGGGCAUGUAAACAUGGUGAUGGUGCGGUCUCUAGACCCUCAGGACAUGGCUGAUGUUAGUGUGCAGAUGCAUAGCCCUGCGUCUCCCGGCAUGUACCAGGGCCAGUGGAGAAUGUGCACAGCCACCGGACUUUACUAUGGAGAUGUCAUCUGGGUGAUCCUGAGUGUGGAGGUUGGAGGCCUCCUUGGCGUCACACAGCAGCUUUCCUCAUUUCAAGCCGAGUUCAACACUCAGCCUCACCGCAGCCUGGAAGGAGAUUACAACCCGUUUGCCUCACCAGAGAAGAGCAAGUGCCCCAACAGCAACAACAGCCUCCACGAUGCCAGCGGUCACAGGGUCGCAGAGGAACAUUGGCAGGGAAGCCCUAACCAGCUGCAGCAAGAGCAGAAUGGACUUUCACAAAACUCUGUGGAUAUUGUAGCAAACAGUCUACAAAGCAAUCUAUCAGUAGUCGCUUAUAACCAGGGUAUACAGGAGCCAUAUCCUUUUGGGCACUCUUAAAUCAUGGGACUUAUCACAGUGAAGCAGCACCAAACCUCUGGCGUCUGUCACACCAAUAAGUAGCUGGUCGAGAGUGUGGAGAUUCAAAAACACUUUAUGCAAAGUCCAGCUACACUUUGAGAAAGCAGAGGCCAACGCUCCCAACGUGCAGCUCGACCAACAUCCCACAACCCACUGUAUGCACGUGUGAAUGCUAAGUUAAAAACGAGUGCUACGAGUCUUUUGAGUGAUUUGAGUCUCUCUUUUUUCAGAUUUUCUUUUUUUCUUUUUAGUUGUCAGAGUGUAAAUGAAACCAUGAUGACAGGAGUGUGUAUUGGUGAUAUGUGUGAGUGUGUAUAUGUGUGUGCGUGUGCAUUGUGCAACCUGAAAGAGAGACUUUGGAGGAAAAGCCAUUUAUUUUGCCAACUGAUUCUCCAGUUUCUGCUAAAUAUGGGCAUAUCUGAAACAAACUAUUGGAUGUCAUUAUUUACUUUUUAUCUUAAUUUUUUAAAAUACACUUUUUUAGAGAAGGGGAACAGCCACACCCUUCAGAAAUAUAUCUGAAGCUCAUUCAACAUGGCCUGUGCAGCAUGGGCAAUGGUUUACCUACUAUUUUAAAUGCGAUGCAAUUUUGUCCACUGGAGGGAGUCAGCCAUGACGUUACAAUCCAGAUAAGAGAAGAUCAAACACUGGGAAACACGACUCUUAUUUACAGUAUAGCUCCUAUGAUAUGUUAAAUCUUCAUCAUUAUACAGAAAUAUUUUUCUCUUAAGCUAGAAUCUGGAGCCAACAUUUUUAUUAUACCUUCUGUAGUCAAACGUGAUGAAGGUUUUUUUUCUUCACCCACACAUUGCUGGUACUUUUGCAUAUAAACAUAUAUGAAAUAUUAGACAAAUAUUAUCAGAAUAUUCAUUAUUAGUAAUAAUGCAGUAUUAGAGAUUUCCAGUUAUUAUCUGAAGCUAAGAUUUAGUUUACUUUUACAUGCUUGAAUUAAAAUGAAACGACAACAACAUGAUGAAUGCACACGAUGACAGUGGACGUUGAAUUCAAGCCAUAUAAACAGCAGUAAAAACAUUAUGACACAAAAAAAUAAAAUAAUAAUUGUUCCUUGUCCCCCUGCUCUGAAUUGUAAUUUGAAAGCUGUCUCGAAGCUGUCUGUUUUAUCAUAUUAAGGUGAAUGUAUUUGCUGAAUGUAGAAAAACAUGUUUUUGGAAACAUAUUAAUUUACCCAAAGAUUUGACGUUUUACUGUAUAUUUGUAUCAAAAUGGCAGUUUUAUGAGUGUAGUUAUUGUUGGGAAUA